AGCUGAGGCGAGCGGCGUGCGGCUGCUGGGCCAGGCUCGGCCCCCUUCUCAUUGUUUGCUAUUGUAGGCGCAGCGAGCAGCAGCUUUUUCUAGCAAAAACCCCAGGCAGGCAAACAGCCUGCUUCUCCGCACCGACGCGAGACUGGGCAGCCCCGCGCAGCAAUGGCUUUAUGAUGGAAGGAUUGGAAAGACGCAGUAAAUGUGGUUUAUCGACACAAAGUAACAUGGAACAGCCAUUCACUGUGAGUUCACUGAAAAGGCUAGCAGCUAUACCUGACCAUACGGAUGUUUCGUUGAGCCCAGAAGAGCGUGUACGUGCCUUAAGCAAGCUUGGUUGUAACAUCACAAUAAAUGAAGACAUUACACCACGCCGCUACUUUAGAUCUGGAGUGGAGAUGGAGCGGAUGGCAUCUGUAUAUCUGGAAGAAGGAAAUCUUGAAAAUGCCUUUGUUCUCUAUAAUAAGUUUAUAACUUUGUUUGUAGAAAAGCUGCCCUGUCAUCGAGACUACCAGCAAUGUGCAGUUCCAGAAAAACAGGAUAUUAUGAAGAAACUGAAGGACGUAGCAUUUCCUAGGACCGAUGAACUGAAGAAGAACUUGUUAAAGAAAUACAAUGCAGAAUACCAGGAAUAUAUGCAAGACAAGAAUAAAUGCAAAGCAGAAUUGCUGAAGAAACUAGAGCAACAGAAAUUGAUUGAAGCCGAGAAGAAGCGAGUUGCACAGAUACGUCAACAGCAGCUGGCAACUGAACAGUUUCAGUUCUUUGAAGACCAACUGAAGAAGCAAGACUUGGCCCGUGACCAGAAAAUUAAGGAUAAUUCAGUUACAUCUGAGCAAACUGAUGGGAGCAUGUUGUCUUCAUGCAUUUCAACCCUUCUAAACAAUUCUUUAUCCACUACAAUAGCAAACAAGAGUGAUGCCUCUGUUGGACAAUCUCCUCCUAUAAGUCGGGCCUUAAAGCCAGCUGCUACACUAAGUGCUGUUCAGAACAAUGCAGCUGAAGGGAUGCGAAGUGUGGUUCUGGCCAAGGAUCUUUGUCACAAAUUUCUGCUGCUAGCAGAGUCAAAUACAGUAAGAGGAAUAGAGACAUGUGGAAUUCUCUGUGGAAAACUGACCCAUAACGAAUUCACUAUUACUCAUGUGAUAGUGCCAAAACAGUCUGCAGGGCCAGACUACUGUGACAUGGAGAAUGUGGAAGAGCUAUUCAGCGUUCAAGACCAACAUGAUCUCCUCACUCUGGGUUGGAUCCAUACACAUCCAACACAGACCGCGUUCUUAUCCAGCGUUGAUCUUCAUACACAUUGCUCUUAUCAGCUAAUGCUACCAGAGGCUAUUGCAAUUGUUUGUUCACCAAAACAUAAUGACACGGGUGUCUUCAGACUUACUAAUGCUGGCAUGUUGGAAGUUUCUGCUUGUAGAAUGAAGGGCUUUCAUCCCCAUACCAAGGACCCUAGGCUAUUUAACAUGUGUAAACAUGUCAUUGAGAAAGAUGUAAAAAUAACUGUAUUGGAUCUGAGGUGAUAUGGAUGGGAGAAGAAAGGCUUCCCCCAAAACAGAUGCCCAAAGGAGAACAUGGCUGCCAGAUUUUCCUACAGUGUUUUCCAGAAGUUACUGACAUUUUAUAUUUGUACGUUUUAGAUUUAAUAGUUUGAUAUUUAUUGCCCUUUCCCAUUUUGAGGUUAUUUUGUUGUUUUUCAAGAUAAGAGUUCACAGUGGCAUUCAAUCAGGAUAUGUUGUUAUACUGGAAUACUAUGAAAAUAAAGUGAAUUUGAAACAGUGA